UACAAUUACAUAAAAUUUGUGGGACGUCCAUAUAAAUGGAUGAAAAUCUGGGCACUAUUUGGAAAUAAGUGAAAAUGCGAGGACCUGAAAAUAAAUAGAAUGAAAAUGAACAGUAGACCACGUGUCAGCUCAUUGAGUUGAAAGAAUCCCCAUUACUCGAGGCGUUUGGGAGCUCCACUCGUGCUUCUUCCCAGCGGACCAAGCUCGGUAGAUCAACUGGGCUUCAAAAUCGUGGCGAAUUCUGCUCCGCACCGGUUAUCCUCCGUCGAUUCUGUUAGCCAUGGAGUUUGAUAUUGGUCUUUUUCAUAUUCACGAGGGCCAAGUAUUAAGCAGUGAAUAUAAAAGAUGAAGGGUGAAACAGGUUGAAAUAUGGAGGAAGUCUGUCUUAAUAGUGAGCCUAUCUUUGAUGAAUGUGACGAGUAUGAGGUGGAUGGCGAUGGUGCCUUCGUGGACAAUGGUAACGAAUCUGGGGAAGCACAGUCAAAGAAGAAUCCUCCACUGCCAACAGUAGGUUUGGAGUUUGAUUCUUUUGAUGAGGCAUAUGACUUCUAUAACGUUUAUGCUAAGGAACUGGGAUUUGGCAUCAGAGUCAGUAAUUCGUGGUUCCGAUCUAAGAGAAAGGAGCGAUAUAGAGCUAAACUUAGCUGCAGCAGUGCGGGAUUUAAGAAAAAGAGUGAAGCCAACAAUCCAAGGCCGGAAACUAGAACUGGUUGUCCUGCAAUGAUAAUUAUUAGGCUGGUUGACACCAAAAGGUGGAGAAUAGUUGAAGUGGAGCUUGAACACAACCAUCCAGUGAAUCCACAAAUCACUCGAUUUUACAAGUCACAUAAAAAGAUGAUUCUUGCUGCGAAGAAAGCACAGCCACAGCUGCAUCCUGUAACCGAAGUUCAUACCAUCAAGCUGUAUAGAUCAACUACUCUCAAUGGUUGUAGUGGAUGCUCAAAUGUUGACCAAAGAGAGGGUAUCAGUUCCGUUGAUCACUUGAAACACUUGGAACUUAAAGAUGGGGAUGGACAUGCACUGUAUAAUUAUUUCUGCCGCAUGAAAUUGACAAAUCCCAAUUUCUUUUACUUGAUGGAUCUUGACAAUGAUGGGCACUUGAGAAAUGUGUUUUGGGCAGACGCCCGGUCGAGGACUACAUAUAGUUACUUUUGUGAUACCAUCACUAUAGACACAACAUGCUUAACAAACAGAUACGAGAUUCCUCUGAUUUCGUUCGUCGGUGUGAACCACCAUGGGCAAUCAGUGUUGUUAGGAUGUGGCUUUGUUGGCUUUGAAUCAGUGGAGUGUUUUGUUUGGAUUUUGAAGGCAUGGCUUCAAUGCAUGCUGGGAUGCUCUCCACAGGUCAUCAUUACUGACCAAAAUAAAACACUGGUAGCUGCAGUCUCUGAAGUUUUCCCUAAAGCUUGUCACUGUUAUUCUACGUGGUAUAUCAUGCAAAGAGUACCAGAAAAGUUGGGUGGAUUGAAAGGAUAUGAAACAAUAAGAAGCCAAUUGAACAAAACCAUUUUUAGCUCAUUGAAGAUAGCUGAAUUUGAAAUUUCGUGGACUAAUAUGAUCAAGCACAACGCGCUUGGAGAUAAUAAAUGGCUCCAAUCACUGUAUGAAGAUAGAACAUUAUGGGCUCCUGUAUACUUAAAAGACAUAUUUUUUGCAGGAAUGGUCCCUAUCCAUGCAAACGAGAGCUUUAAAACGUUUUUCGAUGGGUAUGUACAUAAACACACAUCUUUUAAGGAAUUUCUCGAUAAGUAUGAUCUUGCCCUCCAUAGGAAAUACCAUAAAGUAUCAGUUGCAGAUCUGGAGUCGAGAAAUUUAAGCCUCGAGUUGAAAACGAGAUGUAAUUUUGAAUUGCAGCUCUCCAAGGUGUACACAAAAGACAUAUUUAGCAAGUUCCAAUCUGAGGUAGAAGGAAUGUACUCUUGCUUCAACACAAGGCAGGUCAGUGUAAAUGGGCCUAUAGUAACUUACAUUGUCAAAGAAAGGAUUGAAGUUGAGGGAAACGAGAAAGAGGUAAAAUAUUUCGAGGUCUUAUAUGAGACAACUGAAGUGGACAUUCGAUGCAUUUGCAGUUUAUUCAACUACAAAGGUUACCUUUGCAGGCAUGCGUUAAAUGUUCUAAAUUAUAACGGCGUGGAAGAAAUCCCCGCUCGCUACAUUCUGCCACGGUGGUGUAAAGAUUUCAAACGCAGGUAUCUCCUAGGUCAGAGCCUAAGUAAUACAAAUAUGUAUAGUUCAUCAUACCAAUAUAGUCACAUUCUUAAUUGUGCCCUUCCAGUUGUAGAGGAAGGUGCACAAUCUCAAGAACGUUAUAAGCUUGCCUUGCAAGAACUGGAGAAGUUGUUGAAUAAACUAAAUCUUGUAGAGGAUAAUCCAAAUAACGAUGGAUAGUUUGUUCUGAUGAAGUAAUUGUGAAAAAAAUACAAAGAUUUGCUGCAAAGACAAUGCUUGUCUAGA